GAUGAAUCUGAAGAAAAGUUGUUAGCUGGCAGUUUUAGUGAUCACUAUACAGUUCUUAGACAGAUUGGAAAGGGAGCUUUUGGGUGUGUUAAGAUGAGCUAUCGAAACACUGAUGGACUUCUGGCAGUGACAAAAUUCAUAAAGAAGAACAAAGUGUACCAGGAGAGUUGGGUUAACGAUGUCUUGCUUCGUAAGAAAGUGCCUCUUGAAGUGUCUCUCUUAAUGACCUUAGAUCAUCCGAAUAUAGUCUCUGUGUUGGAUUUAUUUGAAAAUGAAGACUAUUUUCAACUGGUUAUGGAAAAAUGGGGUGCCGGAAUGGACCUCUUUGAGUUCAUCGAUCGUAAUCCUAUACUGGAUGAACCACUUGCCUCUCACAUAUUUAGACAGAUUGUGUCUGCCCUGUCAUACCUUCAUUCCUUGAACAUCAUUCAUCGUGAUGUGAAAGAUGAAAAUGUUAUUCUUGAUAACCGGUUUUCAUGUAAAGCUGAUUGACUUUGGCUCGUCGGCCUUCACAAAGCCAGGAAAAAUGUUCUCCCAGUUUUUGCUGGAACAGUUGAAUAUUGUAGUCCUGAGGUGCUGAAAGGGAACAAGUACAGUGGUUAUGAAUUGGAAGUUUGGUCUCUUGGAGUAACUUUGUAUACAUUAAUGUAUGGUGAAAAUCCGUUCUACGAUGUAGAUGAAACGAUUAAAGCUGACUUAACGUUUCCAUUUGUUUACUCGGAAGACUUGCGCUCUCUUCUAACUGGGAUGCUGAAGAAAGAUGUGAAGGCUCGAAUGACGCUUCCACAAGUAGAAAGUCAUCCAUGGACCAAGCAGCCAUGUGACAUAGAGAAUUAUAGAUUUCAGGAUGUUGUCAGAUGUUCAUAUGAUGAAAUUUACCCUAAGAAGUAUGUUACUGACUACAGUGAAAGUGAUACCUCAUUGUCAACCUCUCAUAGUUUUUUGUAUGAAGACACUGCACAUAUGAGGAGAUCAUUGUCAUUUACCC